AUGAAUCUUAUUGAAGAUAACUUCAAAAACUCUGCAGAAAGGCUAGAUAAACCAUCAGCUUAUUUAAUCAGAAAGGCAAGACACAAUUAUGGAGAAUUGGAACGAGCAAUGACGCUGAAAACAGUGUAUGUUGGUAAUUUAUCUCAUUUCACUACUGAAGAACAAAUACAUGAAUUAUUUCUGAAAUGUGGUGCUAUUGAUAGAAUCAUAAUGGGAUUAGAUAGAAAUAAAUUAACUCCUUGUGGGUUUUGCUUUGUGAUAUAUCGAAGUGAACAAGGUUCUUUAAAUGCUAUGAAAUUUUUACAAUCCACCAUUUUGGAUUCUCAAAGUAUAUCCAUUGAUUUGGAUCCAGGGUUCCGUGAGGGAAGACAAUUUGGAAGAGGUAAACAUGGAGGGCAAGCAUCUCAAGAAAUAGCUGCUGCCGGUGGGUUUGAUAAUGGGCGAAGUGGUGGUGGCUACAGAGGACGCGGCAGAGGCGGGUUUAGAGGUGGAAGAGGUGGUGGGUAUAGAGGACGAGGUGGUGGUUUCAGAGGUGGGUUUAGAGGUGGAAGAGGAGGAGGUGGUGGUGGUGGUGGUUUUGGCCGUGGUGAGUCUUCAGUAUAUAUACCUUCAAAAGAUCCCACAUUUGAUGCGCCAACUACAUUUAACCCAUUGGCAGAUAUGAGUCAGGGUUAA